UAUUUAUGUAGCUCGCCAUUUUGGUGUUACGUUUACGCCAAGGAAUACCGUAAAAAUCAAACGGAAUCAGAAGCCAUCCGUAACGCUUCUGUGAUAUUUAUUAUCUUGUUUAUUUCUACAAACAACCCAAGGGAACGGGCCGGCAUACUUGCGGUUCGUUCAUAGGGUAUACAAGAGACUUCAAUGUGUGUGCUUCGACAAGAUGUCCUCAGUGUCGGGGUUAGGCAGUAAGGGAGAGAAAGGAAAGGGAAAAUUUACGUCGAUAAACAUAAAUAACAUUUAUAAGGGAAAAAGUGUUGAAACACCACAAGCAAAAGUUACUCGUCAGCAUGGGCUUCAAAGCUUGGGUAAAGUGGGCAGUAUGCGGCGAAUGCCGCCUCCGGCCAAUUUACCUAGUUUGAAAAGUGAAAACAGUGGAAACGACCCUACUAUUAGUCUCGUACCCAGUGGUGGAUCAGGAUGGGGUGUGAAAGAGGAGAAGAAGGAAGAGAGCAGUGGAAAAGUGCAGCCGUCGUCGCAGCCGCAGCCGGCUACAUCUGUGCCCUCCGCACAAUUGGUGCAGACAAAGACUGUCAGUGUGCCUGGGGGUACCACAAAUACAGGGGUGAAGUCGUGGAGCAGUGUAACUGUUGGGGGCACCUCACAAGCAGCAUCACUUGUGAGCCAUCAGUCGCCACUGUUCCGGGAGGAAUUUCCAAGUUUAGCUGUGGGAGAAGAAAAAGAUGUAAAGGACACUGUCAAAAAGGAGGAAAACAAAGACAUACAAUAUGGACCAGGGCCAAGUUUGCGACCACAAAAUGUAGGGAAUUGGCGCGAUGGAGGUGGUCGUGGCGUUAUGCAGCAGCAAAAGCCCGACUCGCAAUCCCCUCCGCUAUCUUCUCCAUCCCAGACCCAGACAGAAACACAGCAGAAUGGCCCCCCGACCUCCGGUGGGGGAGACAUCCCCUCUCCCUCCCAGCCCAUGCCACCUAGGCCGGGAUCGAACCAGGGCCCUGGAGGGCAGGGACCCAUGCCCAUGGGACCUCAUAUGGGCAUGCCGGCGCAGUUCAGAGGGAUGAUGACACCAUACAUGUUUGGAAGGAUGCCUGCUGGCUAUCCACCCAAUUACCCUGGAAUGCCAAGACCGCCGUAUCCAUACGAUGGAAGGUACAGAGGACCCCCACAACAAAUGCCACCUCAACGUCCCAUGGACCGAGACCGUAGUCAUGGUGAUUACGAUGAUGAUGUAAAACGGCCAGCCAUUAUCUCAGACCGAGACUUGAAGGAGUUUGAUGAAAUACUGAGAACCGAAGCUAAUGAUGGAGGCUGGGCUGGAGCACAAGGCGAAAUUGAUUAUAGUGCAAAACUUGUCUUCAGUGAUGAUGAAGAUGCCGAGAAAAAUGGACGAGAGAACCGAAAGCGUCCAAAAGAUGACAAGCGGGGUAAAGUUGGCUGGAGAGAGAAGGAUGAUAGGAUGUCUCACGACUCUAGACCAGUGAGAGACGAGCGGGGUGGACACGAUGAGCGUAGGGACAGAGAUGUGAGGGGUGAUGCCCGUGAGAGGGAGAUGAGGUCAGUCCGAGAUGACCGCCGAGAAAGAGAUGACCGCAGUGGGCGUGACGACAGGGAUGUCCAUCUACAAAGGCCAGGAGAUAAACCAGGAGAUAAAGAUGGAGGGCACUACCAAAUAGACAAAGACAAGGAUGAUCCAGGAUCAGCAGUGCCGAGAGAAGCUUGGGGACAUGGACCACCAAUGCCUCCUCCACACUACCGUGGUGGACCCAGGCCUCCACCACCAGGCAUGGAUGGGCGCUGGCCUAUGCAUCCUUAUGAAUUCAUGGGAGCGAGAGGACCGUAUCCACCACCAUAUAGAAUGGGUGUGCCCCCACCUCCACAAACUCAGCGGCCUCCGUACGCUCAAGGCCCUCCGUUGAAGAAACCGGGCAACGAAGAUGAAGAUGAAAUUUGGCGUCAGAAGCGUCGACAGCAUGGAGAGGAAGUGACAAUUGCAGUUGAACGAGCACGCCAGCGCCGCGAGGAUGAUGAAAAGCGUAUGGAAGCUGAACGAAAAGCCGCAGCUGCCGAGAAGCUGAAGCAGUUGGACGAGAGAAGUGGAAAGAAAAAGGAUGAUCAGGAUAGUUCGGAACCCGAAAGUGGUAGAUCGAGUCGGACGAUCAGUGAAAGCAGUGAGAAAGAUUCAAAGGAUGGAAAAGAACGCUCACAGAGAGAUUCUCAGAAAUACCCUGCAAACGGAAGCCAGCUGUUUUCUAAAACGUAUGCUCGGAACGUGCCUCCACGCUUUCAGAAACAGCAGCAGGAACAGACUGGUCGCCCCCCAACAUCUGGUCCACAACAGGCAGGGCAACACGCACAGAUGCCACAAGGCUUCCGACAAGGUCAGGGACCGCCACCACCGUGGGGACCGUAUGAUCCGAGAGCCUGGGGAGGAAUACCUCCACCUUUCAUGGACCCACAAUUUAGUGGACGGAUGCACUUGCCAGGAAUGCACAUGUAUCCCCCUCAAAUGCGAAGACGAACAGAUAGUCAUGGUUCGGGUACAGACAGUCAGGAUGCGGAAAGUAGAGAGCAGCCACAGUACGAGCGGGAAGCACGCGACCCUCGUGAGAUGAGGGCGUGGAUGGAGCGCAACUAUCCACAUGGUCCAGGUCCCUUUGAUGCACGAAGUUAUCCCUACUUUGACCCAAGAAUGUGCCAGUAUGACUAUGAUGGUGAAAAAAAAGAAUACGACAGACGAGACCAUGAUGACGAGCAUGACGUAGGUCCUUUGGAUGUUGACAAGUCGCCUAAAGAUGACCGACAGCCGGCACCACCACGGGAACCGCUAGUUCAGAGAGAUCCCUUUGAUGAGGCUGCUGAUGAAUCCAGCAGCUGGGCUUCAAUGGAGAAGACUCUGGAUAGUGGACGUGGAAAAGACAAGAAGUCUGAUGUAGCCACAAUUAAAGAAGAAAGAGAACAUGAAUCGCCCUCAAAGAAAGAUCAAAACUUUGAAAGACGACGAAACCAUUCAGAUUCCAGAAAUCGACACCCACAGAUACAAAGAACAUGGCAAUCAGAAGAUGGAUCCAGGCCACCAAGACGGGACCAUCCCAGUUGUCCUCCACCAAUCUCUGCUCAGCAGGCACAACAAAACCAUCCACCAAGGAGCAAUUUCACAUCUCUAAAACGCAGUGCAUCUAGCAUAUCGGCAGGUUCUACAACUUCCCAGGACAGGAAAAGUGAUUCCCCUAAAGAAAAUAUAGUGUCUGACAGAACAAGCACUGUGAAGAAAACUCAAAAUAAGGAACCUUUGAAAGAAGCAAAGUUUCAAAACAAAGAAACGAAAGAGAGCAAAUCCAUAGAACAGCCUAAAAGUGUGUGGCACAAAGAAGAUAGAUCGAAAAAAGAAGAUGCUAUUGUGAGUGAACCUAAACCCCUUGCUUCAUCAGACGUGAAGGAAGAAAAAGAAAAGCCAGUUCAAGACGUAACUGAGGACCAUGCUUCUGACAAACGUGAUCACAAUGCAAGUAACAGGCCCCCAGCAAAGAGAAAGAAGGAAGAAACCAGUGACCGCUAUCAUGAUAGAGGGGAUCGUGGUGAUAGACGCCCCAUGUCUGGUAGAGGUGGUGGGCGCGAGUUUGUGCGCGGUCGUGGCCCCAGGGGUCGGUCUCGUGGGGGUAGGUCGGGUUUCCCCAAUCGUGGCCGAGGUCGUGGUGAAUAUACUUACUUUGAUCGACCUCCUAGCUCAAACAGAGGUGAAAGAGGACGUGGGAGUGGCACGGGACCAUUCGUUGGCCAUUGGAAAGGAAAGUCUGAGGACAGUCCUGAUGAUGGGGAAGGCUCCCGACGUCGACGGAACAAAGACGAAGAGAGCGAUGUAUCUCUGGAUGAAGCAAGUGGCACGUACAGUGAAAGCUCUAGUGAACGGACUUCAGAAGCUAGAGAUGUGGGACAGAGCCGCGACAAAGAAAGCAAGGAGUACAAAAUGACGAAAGAAACGAAGGAUGAAUUUAACAAAGAAAAAGCUGCUUCAAAAGAAAAAGAUCGCAGAGAGGAGAGGGGUCCACCGAAGAAUGCAUGGCAGAAUAAUAAAAAGGUGGAGCAGAAUCCAGACAAGCAGGACCGCGGCCAGCCUCGAAACCAGUAUUACUCUCGUGAUGAACGCGACUAUGGUGGUAGUAAGGAUCGAGGCUACUACCGUGGUGGCAGCGCCAACACAUUUGUUCCUAGAGGGGAACCUUCCAGGAGAGGCAGAGGAGGAGGUAGCGGUGAUCGAACAAAUUCCCAGAGGGGACGUGGUGGUAGAGGUGGGCGUUACUUCUCAGCUCCACCUCAGAGAGGAUUUGGUCGGCCACCCAUGAUGAAUGGUGAACGACGUGAUGAGGGAAUGAGUGACAGUAGUUACUAUGUAAGGAAGGAGCCGAGACGUCAAGAGAGGAAUCCUCCACCUCCUCGAUUUGCUCGAAGAGGGGGGUCAGGUGGUGACCAAGGUCGCGGGUUCGACCGAGGUAGGGGCCGUUCAAAAGGACGUGGGGGCAGUACCCCUGCAGCCUCUAAUUCCACAAGACCCCCUCUGACAAAGCAGACAUCAAAUGAGGGUGAAGAAUGGGAAACUGCAUCUGAAAGUAGUGAUGUAUUGGAGAAGAGAGAUUCAAAAAAUGACUCACGGGAUCCUAACAAGGAUAAACACGAACAGCCAUUAUCAAAGAAGAGUUUCUCUAGUCAGAGGCCCCUUAACGACCGACAGAACAGACGAGUGAACCCAGCCAUGGAUUCGCGAAAAGCCAAUGGGAUGGAUCGCCGAAAUAAAGAGAAGUCUCCAAACAAUACAAAAAACGGGGGAGGUCCGACCAAUCCUCACAAGAACAAGGCAACUGUUAAUUUAAAUUGCAAGGAAAACGUGAAAACUGUAUACAGAAUGGAUGGUGUGAUUGCAAACGACCAAACUGCAAUCAACAAUGCAAUUAACAGUCUUGGCAAAAACAAAAUGGGGAGGAAGUCGGACCUAACAGAUGUCUCGAAACCCUUAAGAAGUGAAAAAGAAAAAAAAGAUGCCUUGGCCAACAUUGACAUCAAUAAUUAUGCCAGUGUUGUUGUAAUUGAUGACCAACCUGAAGUGACCAUAGAUGAUCCAACCUUUUUGUUUGAGAACAAUGAUGGUUUCCAGGAGGUUACAUCAAAGAAAAGUUUGAAAAACAAACAAAAACAACAAGAAGCUGAACACGCAAAAAGGACAACAGACCAAAAGAAGAGAGAUCCUUCAUCAAAAGUUGUGGUAAAACCUAAAGGACUGUCUGGUAAGCCUGCUUCGUCUCGGUACAGCAAACAGAACAAGCUGCCACCGCGGCUUGCAAAACAAAAGGAACAGCGAGAAAAAGGGAAGGAAACGACCCGUGAUAUUAUGCCGAAAAUCGAGCAGUGGGAUAAUGAUCUGGCUAACAACAUACCUGCUAUGGUGUCUUCUGAAGUGGAAUCUGCCAAAAAUAUACCAGUGAUGCCAGCGCCAGGAAUUCACGUAGCACCUGCCUCAAAAAUGCAGAUGGCUACUGCUCAAAUGGUCCCAAUGUCGAUGACUCCGGCGCCCAUCCCGACAGUCAGUGCCUGGUCAAAACCCAUCAGCUUCGCCAUCACCGUGGGGGCUGGUCCGAACCAGACGGCAAUGGAGCCAAAGUUUGACAAGGGAGAUCAGCACGACAGUGGCAUUGAUGUAAGUGACCAGCCUAAUUCUGCUGCCUCAUCCACCCGGAGCUCCCCAAGUGCUGAAAACAAGCUUAAGGAUGAUGUUAAGGCUGAAAAAUUGCUGGAAGACAAAAUCAGCAAUGAGGUGCAAGAAAAUUUUGAAGCCCCGAAACCUCAAAGACAGCCCAAAGUACAGGUGAACCAGGGAGACAAAAUUAUAUCCAAGGAAGGUCUGAGCAAGACUGAAGUUAUAAAGACCAUUAAAAAACCAGAACAAGUGAGAGAGAAACCAAAUCCAAUUCAGAUGCCACCAAGUUUUAAUGAUCCUAUUUUUGAAAAAGUGGAUCAUGACCUAAAAUUUGAGUUUGAUGAAGCUUUGAAUACGUACAACAGUGGCUCAAUAGAAUCCGAGAAAACCGAGAUUAUAGAGCCUUCUCAACCUGCAAACGUACAGACUGGGUCUAACUCGAACAAUGACAUCAACAUCAGUUCUCCUACAUCGCAUGCCACUCAAGACCUGAACCAGAAGAUUGCUUCUGUGAAAGCAGUGUGGGACAAACCGCAUGUGUAUGAAUCAACAACAACUUCCCUCAACGGCACAUCAUUGACUACGACUAACAGCGAGUCUUCAACUGGAAACUCUACAUUCUCUGCCUUCAACAGUGAAGUGAACAACGUCGUGUCGUCUCAGAACAACGGACUGGAGAGUGUGGGAAUGAACGAGAACAACAACCACAUAUCGCCGGAGCCCACCUCGCUGUCAGCUCUGUCGCGGUCACUCGACUCGAUUCCAGUCUUCGUUCCGGAGAACGUGGUGAGCAUGAAGGUCAUGAUGGACAAUGGGAAAAUGUCCGUCUCGGAGCCAACCAAUGUGUGCAAGGUUAAACCUCAACAGUUUCAGAGUCAAAUGAUUGGGUCAGGACAAGGUAUGGGACUGAACCAGACUGUGGGUCCUAGCCAAACUGCAGCGAUGCUAUCUAACCUGCCGGCAGUACCUAGUCCUCCGAUUGUAAUGUCGAACCAGCCCUUCCAGACAAUACAGCUUGGCUCGCAGCUGCUGCAACAGGAACCAAGGCCCAACUAUGGAUUUAGUCUGUCCCAGCCGCAGGCCCAGAUUGGUCAGCCAAAUUUCACACAGCCCAGUUUGUUCUUGCCAUCAACACCAACACAGCCAGAUUUAUUUCAAUCACAGCUAACAGCUUUUCCGAGAAAUCAACCGUACGGACAGACACCUCAUCAGAACACUGUUAUGGUUUCCUCCUCCAAUUCCUCACUGAUGUCAACAUCAAUAAAACCUCCGACACAGAAUGCUUAUGGUCAGUUGCAGAAAAACCUUGGUAACUUGGGCAACAUGGGCAACAUAGGCAACAUAGGCAACAUAGGUCCCAGCUCGCUGCAAUUUGGACAGAGUCUGAGUAACUCGUCGCUGCAGCCGUCGCAGAUGUUCAUCCAGUACGACCCGAGUCAGAUGUUCAGCACUAACCAGAUCCUCGGGACGACCCAGUUGGGCAGCUCACAGCCAGCACAGAAUGUCAACAGCUCACAGAUACUGGGAUCGCAGCUCAUUCAAUCCAGAACGGCUGUGCAGCAAGUUCAACCCUCGUCGUCUUUUUAUCAGCAAUCUCAACCAACCAUUCAACAGACUAGUUUUUUCACUCAACAACCAACUUCAGCACUGCAGGGUGCCUUGCAGCAAGCAACUCAACAGUUCUCACUACAGCCAUUUGGCAACCAGCCUGGUGGCCUGAGUUUGACUCUGCAACCCAGCACACCAGGUCCUAGCCACGCACCAACACACCCGCAGUCGCUAAACCUUGCACCACAGCCACCACCUUCCAAAACUUCUCAGUUCAACCCGAUCAUGCAACAGCAGUCGCCACAGAGUACUCCGAUGAAAUCACCGCCCCAGAGUCUUACGCCUACAAACCUUGGGAGCAGUACAUCACAGGCAACGAGUCCAAAUUCAAAACACUUCAAUGUGCAGAUGCAGAAUAGGAACAGUGGUCCCAGGUUUCCCGGAGUACAGCAGCAGUUCCCGGGCCCAAAGUUUAACACAACGUUUGUGGGACAAGCCUUGCAAACUGGAGCUCCAUUGAUGCGUCAACAGAUGGUGGUAAGUAACAUGCUGCGGCCUACUGGUCCUCCACCCCAAAGAAAUCCAUUUCCCAACCCUAUCCAGCGACCAGCUGUGCAGGUGACGACCACUCGAUCUCCGAGUGCACCACCGUUGUCGAUGACGUCCUCGUUCAAGGCCCAGCAAGCAAAACAAAGGCAAGAAGCUGUGGCUCUGGCUCAGAAUUUUUUGAACCCACAAGCAAAAGCGUCGAAGAAUGGCAAUGCCGAGACAACUACUGAAACUUCAAAACCAUCAAAUAGUACAAGUCCAAGUGAUCUGAAAUCGCCUGAAGAUAAGCAGUUGGAGAAAAAAUAACUUGAUUGUGAAGCUUCCUGUAGUUUGUGUUGUAACUAACCUACAUAGUUUUAUUUAUUGAUGGCACACUUCAGGAUGAAUAUUGAUUUAUUGUGAGAAUUAGUGAACAUUUUAAAAAUGGACAGACAUACUUUACAGAAGCCCCAAAGAAUUGACAAGGCCAGGUUGUAGCUUAAAUAUUGUGCAACAGGAAUGAUAUAAAACCUUAAAGUAAAAUCCACAGCUUUGGUGUGGAUUUUGAGCAAUGGAAUUGUGUGCAUGUUCAGUGGAUUGUGACCGCCCAAAAGAGAAAGCCCCUCUCCCCAGGAGAAUACAGAUUAUAUUGGGUCCUAAGGUGUACAUCUAAUGAAGAAUUUACAAGGACCUUGGCAGCUGAACCUAAAGCAACAGCUCUUGCUUCAUCUUGUUGCAGCAUGGUGUACAUGUUGUGCUAAAGAAUUGUGAUGGUGACUGGUUUUUUGACAGAAAGUUUUAAACCUUGUGAAAUGAAGACUUGAUAGAUGGACACUAAGACAAGAGACGCAUUGUAUUUUCAAUACAUUUUGUCAUAAUGACCUAUUGUUUCUUCAAAAAUAUUAGUGAUUAAUGACCGAUUGGUAGAAAUUGCAUGAACCCUGGCACGGUCAUAAUGUUUUCCAUAGAUCCUGGCAUCUUGAUGGUAAGAUGUCCAAAUUACUCAACCUCCACGACAUAUGAAAUGUUUUGCUAUUACCAAGUGGUUGUAAAUCUGUUGUUUUCUAUGAGCGAGGUCUGAACCAAGCAGAUUUGUGUUAAAUGUUAGAUUGCAAAGUGAAGAAAGUACUCUGAAACCCAAUACUUUUCUUGGAAAGGUCUCUAGAGAAAAGUGUCCUUUUGUUUUGUUAUAACGCAAGCGAUGAAAUGUGUGUUUAAGAUAGAACAAAAAAAAAAAGUUUUGAGAAACUUAGUUCCUCCAGAAUACCCCAGAGGUAAGGUGUUGCAAUACCCCCAGGCAACAUGGUUGUCUUUGUUCUUAAAAACAAAUGGGGAUGAUGUGAAAUGGUCGAUAAAACCCAACUAGUGCCCCAGUUGGCGACCAGGUAGCAUCUGAACUGUUUGUGUGUUAAUUUUAGUAAAUAAAUAGAUGUUCUUUAAAAAUGGUUUUAAAAUUUAAUUUAUCGUAAUAUGUUGAGCUUGUUCAGUUGAGCAUGAGCGCAUUUUUUGUGUGUUUGAAAUGAGAGUUGUGUUUUGGCUCUUGUUCGUUCAUUUUUUUUUCCAAAGGUGUCUGAGGUUAUGUGAAGUUUUAAAAACAAAUCAAUGCUUGUAUGUUUGAAUUUACUUCUCAGAAGAUUGGAAAGAAAAUCUCAAGACCUGGAACUACCUUUAUUUUGUCCAGGUAGUUUGAUUUUUAAUAGGAGUAAAACAAAUUUGAUAUGUUUACAUACCUUCAGAUAUAUUCUGCUGCGAAGUUCAACUGUACGUAGCUCACAAAAAAAAAAAUUAAAAUGCUUGUACAUUUUA